CUCGCGGGGCGUGCACAGCUUGUGGGAGGGGGUGGAUUGUGCGUUUGGUUUUUUUCCCCUCCGACAACUCGUCUCUACAGACUCACAACAAAGUUCGGAGUGUGCGUGAACGUUGGACAUUCGAUUACCGGGCAGCAGACAAAUAAAAAAAAAAAAAAAAAGAGAAGAAAAACAUGGAAGAUUUUUAUUACCACGACGAGGACUUGAGCCAUAACGACAGCUACGACUACAGCUACGACCACUCCUUGUGCGACAAGCAGGAGGUGCGCUCCUUCGCCGGAGUCUUCCUCCCGAUCAUCUAUUCGCUGGCUCUGGUGGUGGGCCUGGCGGGGAACGCCCUGGUGGUGGCGGUGUACGCGUCCCGCUCGCGCCUGCGCACCAUGACCGACGUGUGCAUCCUGAACCUGGCCGUGUCGGACCUGCUGCUGCUCGUCACUCUGCCCUUCUGGGCGGCGGACGCAGCGCACGGCUGGAGGUUGGGCUCGGCCGCCUGCAAGCUCGCUUCCUUCCUCUACAGCGCCAACUUCAGCUGCGGCAUGCUGCUUCUGGCGUGCAUCAGCGUGGACCGCUACCGGGCGGUGGCUCACAGCGCCGCGGGCAGGACCGGCAGGGGCCCCCGGGUGCGGAAGCAGUGGAUCCUGGUGUGCUUGGCGUUGUGGGCGGUAGCUAUCUUUCUGGGGCUCCCGGAACUUGUCUUCUCCACGGUGAAGCAUUCCCAUUACAGAAUGUACUGCACCGCUAUGUACCCGCCCAGCAUGGCCCGCCCAGCCAAAGCGACCCUGGAACUUCUGGAGGUGACCCUCAGGUUCGUGCUACCGUUCCUGGUGAUGGUCGUGUGCUACUGCUGGGUAGGCCGGGCCCUGGGCCAAGCGCCGGGGGUGCGAAGAGACAAAAAGUGUCGGGCCCUGCGCGUUCUGUUAGCGGUGGUGGCCGUCUUCUUGCUAACACAGCUUCCCUACAACGUGGUGAAGCUGUGCAGAGCGCUGGACAUCAUCUACAUGCUCGUGACCGACUGCGAGAUGAGCAAAGGUCUGGACCGUGCCAUGCAGGUGACCGAGAGCCUGGCGCUGACCCACGCCUGUAUCAACCCACUCCUCUACGCCUUUAUCGGGUCUUCCUUCAGGGGACACAUCCUCAAAACCGCCAAGCGUCUUGGACAGCAACUCGGCGGCCACCCCAGACGAGAAGAUGGCGAGCCGGCGGUGGAGAUCGCGCUCAACACGCGCAAUCAAAACCAAUCGCAGUCUUGCUCUGAGGAACCGGACACCAGCACCUUUAGCAUGUAAAGGCACAACUACAGCUAGUAAAGGUUUAGCUUUCCAAGUCCUUAAGUAGGAUAUAUACUAUUUUGGUCGUAACUAGCUGGAGGAGAUUGUUCCAGUAUAAGACCAAGUCGUCAUACCUAAAGUGGUAAACUCUCUACAGUACACGCCUCCUAUUCGGGUGGAUAGAGACCGAGCCCUCUGGUAAAUAGUGAAAAACUGUGAGAGCUUGACGCCCCCUUGAAAAGGUUUAGAAUUGCUUAUAUUAAAAAUUAAAACCAUACCAUACACAAACUGCAAUAAAUUUUUUUUUAAAAAAACAGUUGAACAUUAUUUCAGACUAAUCUUACAUUACCCUUAAAAAUAAACUGCUUACAGAUUAUUUGAUUUAGGCGGGGAAAACAUUUUUAAAAAUUAAAAAAAACGCACCAGAAGUGCGCAUAUACAUGCAACUUCCACCAACAACCCCGGCUAAACUUAGCUCCUCCCCACUCAGUCGAAAUGUAUCACUUCAAUAAUACUUCCUUGACACCAAUAAACUACUUUCUUAUUAGCCAGGGCUUAGGCGCCAAUUGUAGGGGGAUAGACAACAUGCACAAUGUGCAAAUAGCGAACCACGACUCGGCGGCCGUUCACUGGACACACAAAUUGAUUUUUAACUUUUCGACAGAUUUGGAAAAUGUGAGAGACCCAACACCACGAGAGCGUAAACCAAAACCACGUGCAUGUACGGCUUUUAUCGUGUUUGGGUUACUAUUUGUUGUAGUACCAAGACUGACCUGUGAGAGGCAGCAUGGUCCAAGGAGGCAUACAGACUGACGGAAGAAUAAAUGGAAGAAGCUAGACGAACUGUUAGAUUAUCUGGCAACUACAUUGCGAUUGCAAAAUGUUUUAAUCGUGGUGAAUGACAUGGGAGACACAUUUUACAAACACUCGACACAACGAGUUGUGCCUCUGCGAGCGAUAAUAGCGCGAGCUUCAUAAUUGGCUACUGUUCCGUUUCACGUCACAAUCAUGGAGUCUGUUGCUACCGCACACAAGGAUUUGCGAGCAGAACUAAUGAACAGGGCUAACAUUUACAAUUGUCAUCUCCGACUGACAGUCUUCGGCGCAAAGCGGGGAGAGAAGAAAUAAUCAAUAAAAAUUGCUCUAAACAUAUCCCACACCUCAGUAUAAUCAGACAAUUGGACCGUUGCUGACUUUAACCGCACAAUCAAGCUUUCAAAAUCACGACCACUAGAGGAACUUGUGUUUUUCAUGUCCCACGUGCUGGUAUGGUACAUUUAACUGCUUUUAGUAAUAUCGUUAUUAGCAACACACUUUUUAUUGUUAAAAGGUUCAGUGCGACUAUCAUCGUGGGACCGUAAUUUACUUUCAGUGAAGAAGAGUCGCAGCAAGGUAGUAACAUAAGUCCCGUGUCGGUUCUUUUUUUUGUGAAGGUUGAUGAAGAUUCUUGAACAUAACGUGUUUGUAGUGGCAGGCUAACCAUUGUAUUUUGUUUAAAUUGUGUGUUUUGUUGAUUGAAUUAAAAUGACUAAUAUUUUCA